CAGGCUGUGUCUUCUCAGGUUUAAACCUGUUAUUCUCCACAGCAGAAGACAUCUUUUAAGCAAUCACAUUUUAUUCCUAAACGAUCAGAUCCAAGAAGAUUACAAUGAACAUAAUGCUUAUACAAGUGUUUGGCUUCUUGAUAUCCACAGUUGGAUGGUUUUUGGUCUGCUGCACCACGGUGAUGGAUUAUUGGAGGGUUAGCUACAUAGGUGGUCAAGGAGGCUCCUGGGUCAUUAAUGCUGCAUGGUACUGGUCCACUCUAUGGAGAGAGUGCUAUACAGACUCCAGUGAUGUGGCCAACUGCAGGGACUAUGACACCAUGUGGGUUGUGAGGCCUGAAACUAGAACAGACCAGAGACCCCUGCAGGCUGUGCGGGCUUUGCUGCUUGUUGGGAUGUUUGUGGGAUUUUUUGCCGCCAUAUUUUGCUUUAUUGGGAUGGACUGCACAUAUAUUGGUGGACAUGAGAGAAAAAAGUGCAGAUUACUGUUAAUAGGAUCUGUUCUUCAUUUUACUGGAGGUGUGUCUUGCUUUGCUGCUUAUUGCUUAUACACUGCUAGACUGGGCACAGUACUAUUUACACAGAUGGCUGAUGCACGCAUCUUAAGGUUUUACAUAGGUCUUCCAGUAUUCUUUGGUUUGAUAGGCAGUACUUCCAUAAUCCUAGGCUCUGUUCUGUAUUUUGUGACUCUCUGCAGGAUCUGCCGAACAGAAAGAGAGAUGGACAUUUCUGCUUCAAGAAAAUACUGGACUUCUAAGACAUACAAGGCACAGAGGAAAAGUCAAACAUUAUACAACAGUGACAAUGCAGCAUCCAUCCAAUCAAUGACCUCCAGCCAAGCUUCGAGUAGCCAAGUAUCGAGAAGUUCUCUUGUUCUGUCUGAUGAAGAUUCUUUUGUUUGAAUGCAGAAGCAGAGAAAAUAUUUCCAACACUGUAAAUAUUAUUUGUUAACAUUAAAGGA